UAUCGGCAACUGGUUGAUGCAUUUUCUAGGUUGUUCCUCCAGAGGCAUUGUAUCUUUAUAUUCAUGGACAAAGAUGGUAAUUCAGAAAUCCAACUCCCUCCUGGGUUUAGAUUCCACCCUUCUGAUGAAGAGCUGAUCAUUCACUAUCUGAGAAACAAAGUGACAUCAUCACCUCUUCCUGCCUCAUUCAUAGCAGAAAUAGAUCUUUACAAGUAUAAUCCAUGGGAGCUCCAAAGUAAGGCUUUGUUUGGGGAGGAUGAAUGGUAUUUCUUUACUCCCAGAGACAGGAAGUAUCCCAAUGGAGUGAGGCCUAAUAGAGCAGCUGCUUCUGGUUAUUGGAAAGCUACUGGCACUGACAGACCCAUUUUUUCUUCAUGUGGAAUGAAGAAUAUUGGAGUGAAGAAGGCCCUUGUGUUCUACAAGGGUCGAGCACCAAAAGGAUCUAAAACUGAUUGGAUCAUGCACGAGUACAGGUUGCACAAUUCCAUGAACUUCAUUCCACAGCAAAGAGGAUCCAUGAGACUGGAUGAGUGGGUGCUGUGCCGGGUCCGACAGAAAACUAGCAGCACAAGAAGCAUUUGGGAAGACUCUAUUUAUGAAGCACCAACCCACUUUGAAGAGAUGAAUGAGAACUCAAAUCCUGAACCAGCCAAAAAUUGUGUGCAUAAUGAAUAUCCAAUGUUGCCUUAUAUUCUCGCUUCUCAGAGUUCUGUGUCUGAUUCUAUUGGCGUAGCCUCAGGCUCGGGCUGUGGUUGUAAUGAUGAUGGAAAAGCAUAUGCUUCAUUGCAUAAUAAGAACUCGAAUGUAAUAAUUGGAGCACCGUUUAUGACACCUCAGGGUUUGUUUAAUCCACUGAAGAGAAAAAACAUUGAAGAGAAGGAGUUGGACUUGUAUGCUUCACUCAAUAAAAAACUAAGCGAAGAACUUGAUGUUGGGAAAGAAAAACUCGAGCGUGAUCUGAACAAAGACUACAAUUUUAAUAACUUGGAACACUGGAGUUCCAUCAUACAACCCCAAGAGCUUAAUAUCGUAGCCUUUUCGAAAUAUGCAUGAACUGUUCAGAGAUCAUGCUUUUUUGUGUGCAUGGGAAGACGACAGUGAAUUCUGUAUGUAAAUAAGAAAAGAUGCAGUUGGGUUUUGUUCAUGCAUUGUGAUUAUUUUUUUUCAGUAUGCAGAAAUGUGGAGAGCUGAAAAGUAGCAUCAUAUAUGGUGCAAUUGAGUUGGUGAUUGUAUCAUGUUUCGAAAUUAAUUUAUGGAAAUUGAAGUA